AUGGCUCCAAGACCCUUGUCUUUGAAAUAUCGGGCUGGCUGUGCUCUCGCAAUACCUAUGUCGGGGUGUGCAAUACCUACGCAGGCCACACUUACAUACUACAUUUCUCCUACGCCAUGGUCUUGCGGCGGUCAAGAAUUGCGCAUCAUGGGCUCAAGUCAGGUGAGCUGCUGCAACCGCCGAGCACGGCGCUUCGGGAUUGGGCAGCCAUUGACAGGGAGCGCGCGCAGGAGGGAGCAGAUCAUACAGCAAUUUAGGCCAAUUGCUAUGUUGACUCAUCCUGACAGAUGGAGGAAACGCAAAGAGAAACUACAAGAGCCCCCGGCACGCCUGGAAAAGACGGAAAGGGGGAGCUGGGUGAACAUCAAUAUGCGAACUCCUAUCGCGGUGGAAACAACCUGA